CAACACUGGCCAACCCACGUCUGCCUGUUUCAAUCACAACUGAGUCCCAGGCAAUCUACGUCCCAAAUGGCACCAUAUUUCACCUUUAUAGUGUACUACUUUUGACCAUAGACCUAUGGGUACUCUCUAGACAUCCGUGUUGCCACCCACAAUGUUCUAAUGCUCUGGCUGUUGCCUAGGGUCUGGUUUCCCAGACUACCCAAUGGGUGCCACCCCACUCCCACUUUCCUCUCUAUUUAUAACCUGCCUAAAAACAUGACUCCAGAGGGAUUGAAUUUCACACCCCGCUCUCUUUCCAUCCAGCCCUCUCUUCCCGCUUUCACUUCCUCCCUUCCUCUCUCUUUCUAGAAUCCUGGUGUGGUGUGUUGUGUUGUGUUGUGGGCGACACUGUCACUUCAAGAGGAGACCCCCAGAGAGGGAGGGGAUGUCUAUGUGUGUCCGUGUAAGCCUAAUACUAUCCACCAUUUAUGACAUCAUCAGAAGGUGCCUCCAUGCCUUCGUGAGAGCAGUAGUAACACCAGAAGAAGAGAAGGGACAGUGGAUCAUGGAGCAGCUGCUGACCUCCAGACAACAAACUGCUAGGCAGAUCAAGGCCCGUUUCCUGGAGGCCCUACAGACCAACAACGUAGCAGAGGUCCUGGAGAUACUGUACACCACCAACCUGGACAUCGACACCGUGCUGGAGGUGGAGGAUAAACGCAUGGUCCUGGCCUCAUACAAGCAAGGUUUCUGGUUGCCGGACUACAAGCUAGAGUGUUCUUGGGCGAUGGCCCUCCACGUUUGUGUGAUGUACAACUACCUGGAGACAGCCCUGGUGCUGCUGCAGAAGGGGGCGGCGGUUAACAGGAAGCCCAAUGGGAAGACCCCGCUUCAUGUGGCCUGUACGGUCGCCCACGGCGACUGUGUGGCCCUGUUAUUGGGCCACGGAGCGAGGGUCAACAGCCUGUCUCUGAGCGGACACACACCACUACACUACUGUAUAACUAAAGAGUCUGUGGAAUGUGCCAAGCAACUCAUUCUUAAUGGGGGCGAUGUGAACAAACCCAGUCAGAGCAAAGACGAGGACACACCUUUACACACGGCAGCCCGCCUGGGCAUCCCUGAGCUGGUGGCUCUCUACAUCUCCCACGGGGCCCAGGUGGACGCUGUCAACUCUCUCCAGGAGACGCCCCUGAUCACUGCAGCCUUCUGGGCUCUGGACAUCCGUGAACAGACCUACAGCGAGGACCACCACCUGGUCUGUCGCAUGCUGCUGGACCACGGCGCAGACCCUAACCUUUAUGAAGAUGACUAUAAGACAGCCCUGCACAAGGCCUCCUGGAACUGUGACCACGUGCUGAUGCAGAUGCUGCUGGAGGCGGGGGCGGACACUACGACCAUGGACAUCAACGGCUGUGAACCCAUCCAGUACGUCCUGAAGGUCACCUCCGUCAGGCCCAUGGCCAUCCCCGAGUUCUGUUACCAGCUGCUUCUCAACUUCGGAGCUCCACGGGUCUACCCGCCGCAGUUCCACAAGGUGUUGCAGGCCUGCCAUGAGUAUCCCAAUGCAGUGGAAGUCAUGAUGAACUCAUAUGAGCGCAUCAAACCCACCAACAAGUGGAGAUCAUCCAUUCCUGAAGCCUCCUACAAGCAACAUGAGGAAUUCUAUAAGUCCAUGUUUGCUGUGUGCUCCAACACUCCCCGUGGUCUGAUGCACCUGGCCCGGUGUGCUGUCAGGAGGGCUAUGGAGAACCGCUGCCACACGGGGGUAGGUACCCUCCCCCUACCUCCCCCAAUCCAGAGAUACCUGCUACUGGAACCUGAGGGGACCUUCUAUUGAUGGACUUGCUGACUAGGUGUUUGACUGAAUGAUCUAUCUUCAGAAGACAGCUGCCCUGAGCGAUACAAGAGAGACAGUAUCUGAUGCUAUUGGUAGUGGUAUGGAUGGAGGGUAGUUUAGGUUAGUUAGUGCUUAGGUGCACAGGUAUACAGAACACUGCCACUUCCACACCCUAGGUGGCAGCAGAAACUGGGUCAGGUGCUAAGCUCGAUAAGCAAUGGAUUGCUCACAGGUGGGGGCAAUAAGUGACUGCAGGUGAUUGCAAAGAGUGAGUUUGGAUUAGACUAUUGGCCUGGCGGCCAGCCAGCGUUUGUGUAAAAACUUUUGUUGUUUUCCUUUUUGUUUAUUAUUAUUGUGUCACCACACUACCAUUUGGGCUGGGCUAGAAUAGAGUUGAGACAGAGCUCGACCUGAACCCGGUAAGUUUGCUGUCUCCUCGGGCACAUACAUUCAACACCUGGCCCACGUACUCUCUCUUCUCAUGUUAAUGCACACAUUUAGACAGAUUCUAGAUCAUUUAGCCAGGCCUAGGACCCCUAGACAUAUCGAGUGUAGCGAUAUCUCAAGUCUAGCUAGGUGGUGUUGUAACACUAUCACUUACUUCCUUGGUGUUUCAAUGAGUGGAUCUAACUUUAAAAAACAACUGCACUAAGAGAUACUGUAGCUGCUGUUGCUGAAAGUGGAACCAAAAGUGAUCAUAAACUGAUGAUGAUACCGAUACAGCCAUAGGAAUGACAAAUGGAAUGGUGUUCUUCAGUCUAUUUUAUUAAUUUCAGUAGCAUAUCACUGCCGAGCAGUCGAGGCGAACACUGGGUCAAACACACUGAUUGGAUAUUCUGAUCUUACUGUAGACUCUUGAGUCUAUUGUGAUAAUGACAUAUGAGGACAUUCGUCUUCUUUGGCCCGACAUGGUGGAUGAAUGGAUGUCUCAGUCUGACAGCUGGAUGAAUGGAUGUCUCAGGUUGACAGCUGGAUUAAUGAUGUCUCAAUCGGACAGCUGGAUUAAUGGAUGUCUCAGUUUGACAGCAGGAUUAAUAAAUGUCUCUGAUAGCUGGUUUAAUGAUGUCUCCGUCUGACAGCUGGAUUAAUGGAUGUCUCUGACAGUAAGAUGAAUGAUGUCUGUCUGACAGCUGGAUUAAUGGAUGUCUCAGUUUGACAGCUGGAUUAAUGGAUGUCAAAAUCUGACAGCUGGAUUAAUGGAUGUCUCAAUCUGACAGCUGGAUUAAUGGAUGUCUCAGUCUGACAGCUGGAUUAAUGGAUGUCUCAGUCUGACAGCUGGAUUAAUGGAUGUCUCAGACUGACAGCUGGAUUAAUGGAUGUCUCAAUCUGACAGUGGAUUAAUGGAUGUCUGUCUGACAGCUGGAUUAAUGGAUGUCUCAAUCUGACAGUGGAUUAAUGGAUGUCUCAGACUGACAGCUGGAUUAAUGGAUUUCUCAGUCUGACAGCUGGAUUAAUGGAUGUCUCAGUCUGAGAGCUGUAUUAAUGAUGUCUCAGUCUGACAGCAUCUCAGUCUGACAUCUGAAUUAAUGGAUGUCUGUUUGACAGCUGGAGUAAUGGAUGUCUCAAUCUGACAGCAGGAUUAAUGGAUGUCUCAGUUUGACAGCUGGAUUAAUGGAUGUCUCAAUCUGACAGCUGGAUUAAUGGAUGUCUCAGUCUGAGAGCUGUAUUAAUGGAUGUCUCAGUCUGACAGCUGUAUUAAUGAUGUCUCAGUCUGACAGCUGGAUUAAUGGAUGUCUCAAUCUGUCAAAUGGAUUAAUGAUGUUUCAUUUUGACAGCUGGAUUAAUGGAUGUCUCAAUCUGUCAGAUGGAUUAAUGAUGUUUCAUUUUGACAGCUGGAUUAAUGGAUGUCUCAAUCUGACAGCUGGAUUAAUGGAUGUCUCAGUCUGUCAGAUGGAUUAAUGAUGUUUCAUUUUGACAGCUGGAUUAAUGGAUGUCUCAAUCUGUCAGAUGGAUUAAUGAUGUUUCAUUUUGACAGCUGGAUAAAUGGAUGUCUCAAUCUGACAGCUGGAUUAAUGGAUGUCUCAGUCUGUCAAAUGGAUUAAUGAUGUUUCAUUUUGACAGCUGGAUUAAUGGAUGUCUCAAUCUGACAGCUGGAUUAAUGGAUGUCUCAGUCUGACAGCUGGAUUAAUGGAUGUCUCAAUCUGUCAAAUGGAUUAAUGAUGUUUCAUUUUGACAGCUGGAUUAAUGAUGUCUCAAUUUGACAGCUGGAUUAAUGGAUGUCUCAGUCUGACAGCUGGAUUAAUGGAUGUCUCAGUCUGUCAGAUGGAUUAAUGAUGUUUCAUUUUGACAGCUGGAUUAAUGGAUGUCUCAAUCUGACAGCGGGAUUAAUGGAUGUCUCAGUCUGACAGCUGGAUUAAUGGAUGUCUCAGUCUGACAGCUGGAUUAAUGAUGUCUCAGUCUGACAGCUGGAUUAAUGGAUGUCUCAGUCUGACAGCUGGAUGAAUGGAUGUCUCAGUCUGACAGCUGGAUGAAUGGACGUCUCAGUCUGACAGCUGGAUGAAUGGAUGUCUCUGACAGCUGGAUUAAUGAUGUCUCAAUUUGACAGCUGGAUUAAUGGAUGUCUCAGUUUGACUGCUGGAUUAAUGGAUGUCUCAGUUUGACAGCUGGAUUAAUGGAUGUCUCAGUCUGACAGCUGGAUUAAUGGAUGUCAGUCUGACAGCUGGAUUAAUGGAUGUCAGUCUGACAGGUGUAUUAACGAUGUCUCAGUCUGACAGCUGGAUUAAUGAUGUCUCCGUCUGACAGCUGGAUUAAUGGAUGUCUCAGUCUAACAGCUGGAUGAAUGGAUGUCUCAGUCUGACAGCUGGAUGAAUGGAUGUCUCUGACAGCUGGAUUAACGGAUGUCUCAGUUUGACAGCAGGAUUAAUAAAUGUCUCUGACAGCUGGUUUAAUAAUGCCCCCGUCUGACAGCUGUAUUAAUGGAUGUCUCUGACAGCAGGAUGAAUGAUGUCUGUCUGACAGCUGGAUUAAUGGAUGUCUCAAUCUGACAGCUGGAUUAAUGGAUGUCUCAGUCUGACAGCUGGAUUAAUGAUGUCUCAGUUUGACAGCUGGAUUAAUGGAUGUCUGUCUGACAGCUGGAUUAAUGAUGUCUCAGUCUGACAGCAUCUCAGUUAGAUGAAUGGAUGUCUCAGUUUGACAGCUGGAUUAAUGGAUGUAUCAAUCUGACAGCUGGAUUAAUGAUGUCUCAGUCUAACAGCUGGAUUAAUGGAUGUCUCAGUCUGACAGCUGGAUGAAUGGAUGUCUCAGUCUGACAGCUGGAUGAAUGGAUGUCUCAGUCUGACAGCUGGAUGAAUGGAUGUCUCUGACAGCUGGAUUAAUGAUGUCUCAAUUUGACAGCUGGAUUAAUGGAUGUCUCAGUCUGACAGCUGGAUUAAUGAUGUCUCAGUCUGACAGCAUCUGUUAGAUGAAUGGAUGUCUCAGUUUGACAGCUGGAUUAAUGGAUGUAUCAAUCUGACAGCUGGAUUAAUGAUGUCUCAGUCUAACAGCUGGAUUAAUGGAUGUCUCAGUCUGACAGCUGGAUGAAUGGAUGUCUCAGUCUGACAGCUGGAUGAAUGGAUGUCUCAGUCUGACAGCUGGAUGAAUGGAUGUCUCUGACAGCUGGAUUAAUGAUGUCUCAAUUUGACAGCUGGAUUAAUGGAUGUCUCAGUCUGACAGCUGGAUUAAUGGAUGUCUCAGUUUUACAGCAGGAUUAAUAAAUGUCUCUGACAGCUGGAUUAAUGGAUGUCUCAGUCUGACAGCUGGAUUAAUGGAUGUCUCCGUCUGACAGCUGGAUUAAUGGAUGUCUCAGUUUGCCAGCUGGAUUAAUGGAUGUCUCAGUCUGACAGCUGGAUGAAUGGAUGUCUCAGUCUGACAGCUGGAUGAAUGGAUGUCUCAGUCUGACAGCUGAAGCCUCUUUCAGACAUUAAUACUGGAUGUCCUGGUCUAUGAUGUCACCCGUUUGUGUGACACCAAGGAUUCACUGCAGCGCUGACUGACUUCAGACUGUCUGACUCUUUCUCUCUCUUUCCUUCCCUGUCUUUC